GUAUAAAACAUACUCGAAUGAAUUGCUAUGCCUUAGUAUGUAACUGAGGUCAACCAAAGGUAUAGAAAUGAAAUUACUAGCAUUGAUUCUCGUGUUUGCAACGUCAAUUGCGGUCGUACUGAGUGAGCCGCUGAGAUUCGACAACUACAGAGUGUACGAAGCGUCAAUUGAAAAUGUAGAACAACUACAAAUUCUGCAGCAUUUGGAGCAGCUCUCGGACGGUUAUACGUUUUGGGAAUCGCCUGUACAAACCGGUAUGCAGGUAGACAUUAUGGUUCCACCACAGAGGUUUGCAGAUUUUGAGAAGUUAUGUUUACGGUUGAACAUGCAGUCCAGAGUAAAAAUUUCAAAUGUUCAAUCACUGAUCGACAACGAGCGGCCUAAGCGACGUAAUCGGGAAGUUUUUGGGUGGGAUGAUUAUCACACCUUGGACGAAAUGUACGAGUGGAUCGAUGGUUUGGUUACUCAACAUGAAAAUGUACUAUCCGUGAAGUUGGUUGGCUAUUCGUACGAGAGUCGUGAAAUAAGAGCUGUUAAACUGUCGCAUAAAGCUGGCAAUCCGGGAAUUUUUCUAGAAUCAAACAUUCAUGCCCGUGAAUGGAUUACCUCAGCCACCACAACUUGGAUAUUGAACGCACUGUUGACUUCAACUGAUCCGCAAGUGAUGGAACUAGCUCAAAACUAUGAUUGGUAUAUUCUACCGGUAGUUAACCCCGAUGGACUUAAUUAUACCAAAGAGGUCAAUCGAAUGUGGAGAAAAACUCGUUAUCCACAUGACUUGCUGUGCUAUGGUGUUGACAUGAAUAGAAACUUUCCUUACCACUGGAUGGAUGGAGGAGCAUCAACGAAUUCUUGUAGUGAUGUAUAUGCUGGACCUGAGCCGGCGUCUGAGAUAGAAACGAAAAACAUUAUGGAGUAUUUUGGUAUGUACAAGGAUCACAUCCACUUUUAUCUGUCAUUUCACUCGUACGGUCAGUUGAUCCUACUACCGUAUGGGUAUGAAAACGCCGAAAAAGUUGACAAUUUCUACGAUUGGAUGGAAAUGGCAGAAGCUGCAGCUGUUGCACUAAACAAAGGAUAUGGAACACAAUAUACGGUUGGGAACACCGCUGAAGUUCUAUAUAUUGCAUCUGGUUCUUCCCGAGAUUGGGCAUUGGGAGAACACAAUGUUCCAAUUGCUGCGUCGUACGAGUUUCGCGAUCAAGGAUAUCACGGGUUUCUUUUGCCUGCAGAUCAGAUCAUUCCAAAUUCAGAGGAAGUUUUAGAUUCGUUGGUUGCAUUUCUGGGCAAGGCACGUGAGUUAGGAUAUUUUCAAGGUUAAUGUCAUGUUUUAACAAAUCUGACUAAAAUCUCAAUACAAAGCGA